CCUGGACCUCGGCUCACUUUAGAAAUUGCCUGGUCAAGAUGGCUUAGAUGUAGAAAAAAGAGAAAAUGUCAAAUUGUGAAAAACUCAACAGAUAGACUGACUGCAUUUAAUAGAAGGUCACCUCUGUAUAAAAGUCAUGAGCACUGAUCAAGCCAAGAUGUCUGAUGAGGAAGAGGUGACUUAUGAAGAGGAAGAGUAUAUUGAGGAAGAAGAAGAGGAAGAAGAACCUGCUCCAGAGCCACCAAAACCUGCACCUCCUCCCCCUCCUGUUGUAGCUCCACCACCACUCCGGCGGAAGUCAUCUGCAAACUAUCGCUCCUAUGCCACCGAACCACACGUCAAGCGAAAACCGAAGAUUACUGCAUCUAGGAAACUGCAGCUGAAGAGUCUGAUGCUGCAGAUUGCGAAGAGUGAGAUGGAACAUGAGGAAGAAGAGAAGGCCCAGGAGAAGGAGAGGUUCUUGUCUGAACACUGUCAGCCCCUACAACUUUCUGGACUGUCUUUGUCUGAGCUGCAGGAUCUGUGCAGAGAGCUCCAUGCCAAGAUUGAUGUUGUAGAUGAAGAAAGAUAUGACAUGGAAGCAAAAGUCAAUAAGAACAUUAAUGAGAUUGAGAACUUGAAUCAAAAGAUUUUUGACCUACGUGGAAAGUUCAAACGGCCAACACUAAGAAGAGUACGCCUAUCGGCUGACGCCAUGAUGCGAGCACUCUUGGGCACUAAGCACAAAGCCGCCAUGGACCUAAGAGCUAAUCUCAAGCAAGUGAAACAAGCCAAAAAAGACGAUGUCGACAAAGAAAUACGUGAAGUUGGAGACUGGAGAAAGAACGUCGAUGCUCUCAGUGGAAUGCAGGGCAGGAAAAAGAAAUUUGAAUCAUCUGGAGCGGUGCAAAGUUAGGAAGCCGUCACCGAUGUCAUGUCACACGUAGCAGAUAUCAAGUGGAGAUUGUCUCACCGGUCACAGUCCCUUACUCCUUUAUUCUGUGUCUAUUUAUCAUUUUAGUAUUUUGUGCU